AUGACGUCUCGUUACAAUCUUCAGGAAACAUCUCAGAGCCUGUCCUUACCAUCUCAGGCUCGAUGUUUGAUUGGCCUCUAUGAUUCCCAAACGGGUUUUCUAGAAGAUCAUUCCGAGAAUGCUCGUUUUUUAGUGGGCUGUCAGUCUGUAAAGCCGAAUGGCAGUCAGGUUCACCUAGUAACUCUAGAAGAAGCCUUUUCCUGCCAAUCGUUUCAUUUUAAGUGCCAGUCAUUCAUUCACCCUGACGGCGAAGUUGUAAGUCUUACUGCUAUGCCCGCAGCUCCCCUUCUCUUUGUUUCGAUCUAUUCAUCAGUCUCUGAAAGCAGAACCGAAUUGACCAGUGGAGCUCGUAUCUGGCGUCUACCUCCGCCGUCACCACAAACUCUAUCAGCCGCUGACUCUGAGGAUGAAAGAGAAAUUGAUUUCGCUGAUCGACCUGCCGAACAAUUGGAGUUUGUCAGCAGCCUACCCUGUGACAAUUUUAAUUCUGUCAAAAAAAUCGCAUCACAUCCUUCUGACACCUCAUCUGAUUUGGCCUGCUUACUAGGGCCACCUCUUCCUGGAACUCAAUACUUUACUGGUGGCAAAUUUCUCUCGCCGGCUUCAAGUUUUCUGGCAAUUCUGAAAUCCUCCUCCGGCGAUUAUGCAGUUGAUUCCUGCUGCCAAUUACGAUUUCCUGGAGACGAGUCUUCCGGGGGAGUCCUUACAUCGUCAGUUAAUGCCAUUCGAUGGUCCCCGCAUAGAAAUGCUUCAACCGUUGGAGUAGCUUUGGACUCCGGCGUGCUUGGCAUGGACACACGAUCAAUGCAAUCAUCGUUUUGGUUAAACGAUGUGCAUUGGCCUUGCGUGCGGGAUAUCGAUUUCAAUCCAAAUCGGGAUCACAUCCUAGCAACAGGUGGAGACGAUGGCUGUCUAAGUAUUUGGGAUCUUCGAUAUAUUGGUAAGACGGAGAGUUUCUCGUUCAGAAAUGUCAGCACUGGGACUGCACGUCAGAAACCCCUAUUCACCAUUCCUGCGCAUUCGCAUUGGAUUUGGUCAAUCCGUUAUCACCCAACGCGUGAUCAGCUGCUCCUAUCAGCUAGCAGUGAUUCUUCCGUUUGUCUCUACGGCUUGCCAAGCUAUUCAUCAGAAGUCAAGGACGUGAAGCCUAGCACUUUUGCUAAGAGUAGGAGUGGUGCUCCGUCACCUGCGAAUUCGGAGAUAUCGGUUGAGGGCUUAGAGGACGGUGUACUGGCUCGAUUGGAUGAACAACACGAGAGUGUCUAUGCUGUAGAUUGGAGUCCAAUAGAUCCUUGGGUAUUCGCCUCUGUCACUUUUGACGGUCACUUUGUCGUCAAUCAGGUGCCCGACAAGGUCAAACUUGGAAUCCUCCUUCAACGUGACGAUGAUGAUGAGGAGGAGGUGGAGGAGGAGGAGGACGCAGGAGAUUUCGAUAAAAUCUGA